CCCUCUCUCGAGCUGGCCGUCUGUCCUGCCCGCCUGCUUGCCUGACAUCAGCCUCUGACUCCUUUCCAAAACGACGGCCGCGUCCAUUGCUAAUGUGACUCAAAAGUGUGUCAGUGAGAGCCGUGUGGCAGAGGGACACCUGAGACGGGCAGCAGGGACACAGAUUGAGAAGAGGAAGGACAGCCGAGAUUGAUUUGCUAAGCAGCAGGUCUUCAGAAGACAAGGGGUAUCAAAGAGCAUUUUCACACCCAAAGAUGUCCCCGUUCAUCAGUUUUCUUUCUCUUAUAUUUAUGUUACCUGCUCUACAUAUGGCAGGAGCAGACCCAUCCUGUCCUGAUUUGGAUCCGGAGCUGGAACUAUGGGACCCUGGGCACGACGAAGGCAAUCGGGUGAACAUCAGCCGAGGCCAAAAGCUCCUCUUAUCUUCCUCUGCAACCGUCCAUUCCAUCGUCAUCACGAACGGAGGAAAGCUAGUGAUUAAAGACAACACAAGCCCUAUUGUUUUGCGUACUCGUCAUAUUCAGAUCGAAAAUGAUGGAGAGUUGUAUAUUGGCAGUGAGACCUGUCCUUUCCGGAGCAACCUGACCAUCAUCUUAUAUGGACGCGCAGAUGAUGGCACCCUGCCAGACAGCUACUUUGGGCAGAAGUAUAUCGGGGUCAUCAACGGUGGAACCCUGGAGAUCCACGGGGAGAGGAAGCGAUCCUGGACUUUCCUAAACUGGACUCUGAAUCCAGGCGGCAUGCAGGAAGGUGGCUACUACUUUGAACGAAGCUGGGGGCACCGUGGCAUCAUUGUCCAUGUCAUUGACCCGAAGACAGGAACGGUGAUCCAUUCUGAUAGGUUCGACACCUACAAACUCAAAGGCGAAAGCAUCCGCCUCGUCCGGUAUUUGAAUGCCGUCAAUGACAGCAUGAUCCUGUCGGUUGCAGUGAAUGACGAAGGAUCCAAGAACUUGGAUGACUCAGCCAGGAAAGCCAUGACCAGACUGGGCAGCAAACAUUUCCUCCACCUUGGUUUUAGGCAUCCCUGGAGCUUUAUUACAGUAAAAGGAAGCCCUUCUUCUUCUGUUGAAGACUACAUAGAAUACCAAGGACGCAAAGGCUCAGCUGUGGCCAAAGUAUUCAAACUUUUCCAAGCAGACAAUGGAGAGCAUUUUAAUGUGUCUUCAACCAGUGAAUGGGUUCAAGAUGUCGAAUGGACCGAAUGGCUGGAGAAGCCUCAAAAGGCCAAAUCCAAACACGGAGAGAGACUUUCCGACUUCCGAGCUGCUCACCCAGGACUCUGCGAUCACCCCGUCGACAUCCAGGCAGUCACACUUGCAGGAGCUCAGCUGACCACCGAGAUCCUCUUCAAAAGCGGCCGUGAUUACAGGUUCUUUUGUCGCGGCCCAGAACAGACCGGUGGAGGUUGCCAUAACUACAGAGUGCGGUUCUUAUGUGGCAGACCUGUGAGACCCAAGCUUACAGUGACUGUCGACACCAAUGUGAACAGUACCAUCUUGAGAUUGGCAGACAAUGUGCAGUCAUGGAAGGUUGGAGAUAAGAUUGUUGUGGCCAGUACGGAUUAUUCCAUGUAUCAGGCAGAAGAAUUCCAAAUUUUGCCAUGCAGAGCCUGUGGACCCAAUGAAGUCAAAGUGGCAGGGAAGGCAACAUACCUUCACACAGGAGAGGUAAUUGAUGGAGUGGACAUGAGGGCUGAAGUGGGCCUGUUAAGUCGAAACAUUGUGGUGACGGGAGAGAUGGAGAAAGGAUGUUACAACUACAACUCUGAUCUAUGCUCCUUCUUUGAUUUCGACACCUUCGGCGGCCAUAUUAAGAUUGGCCUUGGCUUUAAAGCUGUCCAUAUGGAAGGGGCAGAGCUGAAACACAUGGGCCAGCAGUCACUGGGACACUAUCCAAUCCACUUUCACAUGGCCGGAGACGUGGACGAAAAGGGAGGCUACCGCCCUCCGACCUACGUGAAAGACAUCUCCAUCCACCAUGCCUUUUCUCGUUGCGUCACGGUCCACGGCUCCAACGGUUUGUUGAUCAAGGAUGUUGUUGGGUACGACACGUUGGGGCACUGCUUUUUCACGGAAGACGGGCCCGAGGUACGCAACACUUUUGACCACUGCCUCGGACUCGUGGUGAAACCUAGCACGUUGCUACCCUCUGACCGGGACACAAGAAUGUGCAAGAUGAUUACGGAAGGAGCUUACCCGGGAUACGUCCCCAAACCUAGACAAGACUGCAACGCCGUCUCUACCUUCUGGCUGGCCAACCCGCACAACAACCUUAUAAACUGUGCAGCUGCAGGGUCUGAAGAAACUGGCUUUUGGUUCGUUUUGCAUCACGUACCAACGGGACUCUCUACAGGAAUGUAUCCUCCCGGCUACUCUGAACACAUUCCAAUGGGAAUGUUCUAUAACAACCGGGCACAUUCUAACUAUCGAGCUGGAAUGAUAAUUGAUAAUGGAGUUAAAACGACACCAGCAUCAGCCAAGGACAAAAGGCCUAUUCUCACCCUGAUUGCUGGGAGAUACAGCCCGCAUCAGGACGCCGACCCUCUGAAGCCCAGAGAACCUGCUCUGAUCCGACGCUUCAUCGCCUACAAAAACCAGGACCACGGAGCCUGGCUGAGGGGAGGAGACGUGUGGUUGGAUGACUGCCAGUUUGCCGACAAUGGCAUUGGGCUCACUUUGGCUAGUGGAGGAACCUUCCCGCAUGACGACGGAUCAAAACAAGAAAUCAAGAACAGCCUCUUUGUUGGUGAAAGUGGAAACACGGGGACCGAAAUGAUGGACAACAACGUCUGGGGUCCCGGAGGCCUGGACCACAGUGGACGGACUCUUCCCAUUGGCCAGAAUUUCCCAAUUAGAGGCAUUCAGUUUUACGAUGGGCCAAUCAAUGUCCAGAACUGCACUUUCCGGAAGUUUGCCGCACUGGACGGCCGACACACCAGCGCCCUGGCAUUCCGCCUGAACAAUGCUUGGCAGAGCUGCCCCAAUAACAAUGUCAGCAACAUAUUCUUCGAAGAUGUCCCAAUUACUUCUAGAGUGUUCUUUGGAGAACCAGGACCUUGGUUCAAUGGGCUGGAUAUGGACGGGGACAAAACGUCUGUUUUCCAUGAUGUUGAUGGCUCUGUGUCUGAAUAUCCUGGGUCGUACCUGAUAAAGGAAGAUAAUUGGCUGAUUAAGCAUCCAGACUGCAUUGAUGUUCCGGACUGGAGGGGUUCCGUGUGUAGUGGACACUACGCACAGGUGUACAUCCAAGCCUACAAAUCCGCCAAUCUGAGGAUGAAAAUCAUAAAAAAUGACUACUAUACGCACCCUCUGUACUUGGAGGGGGCUCUGAGCAAAAGCACCCAUUACCAGCAAUACCAGCCUGUGAUCACUCUACAGAAGGGCUACACCAUCCAUUGGGACAAGUCCGCCCCCGAGGAACUGGUUAUCUGGCUCAUUAAUUUCAAUAAGAAUGACUGGAUCCAAGUUGGGCUUUGUUACCCUAAAGGCACAACUUUUUCCGUCCUCUCUGACAUCCACGAUCGCCUUUUGAAGAAAACCUAUAAAACAGGAACCUUCUACCAGGCCCUUCAGAUGGACAAACUUGAGUAUCGCUAUCCUACAAAAGGGUACUACUAUUGGGAUGAAGACACUGGGCUGCUGUUUCUCAAGCUAAAAGCCCAGCAUGAAAAAGAGCCAUUUGCUUUCUGCUCCAUCCGAGGCUGUGAAAGAAUCCGAAUCAAAGCAAACAUCCCCAAGACCUCUGAGACCAGCGAUUGCGAAGCGAAAGCCUAUCCCACAUAUGCAGAGAAAUCCUCGGUGGACGUGCCAAUGCCCAAAAAGCUGUCUAGCGCACACCUGAACAAGAAGGACCAUUUUGUGGAAUUGAAGCUGGAAAGCUACAAGACCAGAUACUUCCAUCUCAGGGAUGAUUUUGCAUACAUCUCAGUUGACAGCAAGAAAUUUUAUCUUUCUGAAGAUGGUAUCCAAGUAGUUGUGAUUGACGGACAUGAUGGGAAAAUCAUCGAUCGGAUGAGUUUCAAAAACUCAAUUCUACAAGGAAUUCCGGCACAGAUAGGCAACUAUGUCAGCAACAUCCGGGACAAUUCUAUAGUGCUGAUGACAUCAAAAGGAAGGUUCAUCUCAAAGGGCCCGUGGACUAAAGUCCUGGAGAAACUUGGGGCAGAAACAGGCUUCAAAUUGAAAGAUAAAAUGGCUUUCGUCGGAUACAAGGGCAGCUUCCGGCCAUACUGGGUAAAACUGAGCACAGACGAUGACGCAGUGAGAAUCUUCCAAGGUCUGCCAGUUCCAGUGGUAAAGAAAAGGAAAUUGUGAGGCCGUGGCCUGUGAUGUCCUAUUGCUCUUAGCAUGUUGUCAACAGAGAAGGCCUGUGGCUCUUCUGAGAUGUAGUAUAUUUUGUUGAUGUACAUUGAAGAAAUCUUAUUAUGGAUGAGAUAAGUGGCCACAUCAGACUACCAACAUUCCUUAGCGGUAUAGGGCUAGUGUGUUGGACCUGCUAAUUGGCAAUGGGUCCACUGUCCCUGUUCCCACAAGUUUACUCGGGGCAAGGAUGACUUAAUUUCACAUCCUGUAGCCUCAGUGUAGCGCAAUGGCCUUCUUUUGUGUUAUGUCCAUAGGUCUUUCAGGUAGCGAAUUAGUGGACAUGUACAAUGUGCAAACUUCUCCAGGCUCAACCUUACAGUACUCACUUAGAAUGUUCAGACAUCUUACUCAGGAAAAAGUGCACUUCGAGGUUGAAACCCUGACUAU